GUAUAGCUGGAAUUUUCAAUACACUAUGUGGAAGAUUAUAAAAGAUCAGCAGUUGCUAAAGUUUAUUUCAUCUAAUUUUGAAAAUAUAAUUCAAAUAAAUUUUGUACAGUACAAAAUGACAAUUUGCUCUCAUCAAUUCUCUUGGCUUACUAGCUGUUGAGUAAAACAAAAUAUAAAAUAGUAAAAUUUAAGUACUCAUACAACGUACGGGAAUAGGUCUAUGUACAGUAUCAUAUGUUUCAUAUUUUAUACAUUUUUUUAAUUAUACUGAAACACUUACAUAUGUUGAUUUGCAAUAUUGUGAAAAGGUUGUGAAGGGCGGGAAAUUUUGCAAUUAAAACUACUACAAAUAUAUAUCAUGAAUAAACGACAACUUUCUUUAAGUAGUUUUAUUAAUAGUAAUAAAGAGCAAAAUAAAGAUGAACACACAUCACAAAAUGUCAAUGCCAGCCAGAAAAGCGUUAAACAAACUAGUUUAUUAUCUUUUAUUAAUGAAGAAAAGCAAAAAAAGCAAAACACAUCCGAUGUUCGUAGUUCUAGCUUGAGUCAAAAAAGCUGCACUCGAAUGCCGCAAACAAGGAAACGAAAUGUCUUCAAUCCAAUUUAUAUUGAUUCUUCUUCAGAUGAAGACGAUUAUGCACUGACUCAAAAAUUUUCCACACAAUCACAAGAAACUCAGAGCACGUCCGAAUCAAUAAAAGAAUCAAAUGAUAAUAAUAAAGCGGAUAUUACGGCAACACAUACAUUAUCGCCCAACCUAAAACGGCCGAAUGAGACUAGCCCAAACUAUAAAAAUGAAUCGUUACUUAAUAGGGAAAACCUUAAAACCAUAGAAAAGGAAAUAGAAGAAGAACCAGCAUAUAAAUUAGCACUAGCUCGACUUGAUGCCAAUUUGAAAAAAUUUUCUAAUGAAAAAAAAUGUUUCAUUUCGCCUGAAAAUACUCCAAAUAAAGAAACAAAAACUAAAAAUGACUUGUCAAAUUGUUCAACUGACAUUGAAUAUUCCCCAGUAAACAAACAGGUCUUGAGAACUGAUUUAUCAAAUUGCUCAACUGACAUUAAUAACAGUUUUGAAGUAGAUUAUAAUUCAGUUAAAGACAAAAAUCCAAGUCAAAUAAAAAAUAAAGAAGUGCAAAGUAAUGUAGAUGAAAACAAUCUUUCUACUGAUAAGUGUUUAUCACCUGUAAGACAUAAAGAUGCAGACAGCAAUAAAGUGAAAAUUGAAGCUAAAGAUAAAAGUGAAAAAGCAUGUAAUUUGGAAAGCAGACAUCAGUUACCAGAUAAGUCUCAAGAAAAUAAGAGUAGUAAUAUAAGUGUUGUGUUCGAGUUUGGAUUAAGUCAGUACCUGAGCAAUUUGGAGCAAUCGAAUGAAUAUAAAAUUUGCGACAAUCAGAAUAAUGAACAUGUUUUAAAAUCAAGUUUAGCCUGCUUUAAAUCAACAUACAUCGAGUUGAUGGAAAAAUUUUGUAAUAUUGUUGAUCAAAUACCUGCGGAUUUCUUUAGCAGAAUCUCUGGUUUUGAUAUCAGUACUUUUUUAAACUUAAAAGUGCUGCGUCAUAAAUUCAAAGCCAAAACAAAAUUAUUGCAAAAUAAACUAGAUAAAUAUAAAAAAGUGGAACUAUGUGAACCAAAUUAUGAUAAUGAUUACUUUGAUUACAUAGAACAGGAGGAAGAGGAAAUACGUAAUAAUAAUGUAAAAGAAUCGAAUCAUCAUCGAAGCGCACCACUCUCAAACUAUGUCAAUGGUCCACCAGAUGAUGUAGAAGAUUUAAUACCAAAACAUGAGUCAAUGAUUGAAAAAAAAAGUUGCAAGGAUGUAUUCAAAAAUGGAAAGUAUAAUCAGCAAGAUGAAUUACGUUUGCGCGAGCAACUGGUUAAUGACUUGUGUGAUUAUUCUGGUAAUGAUGACUUAGAUGAAUCAUUUGCACCAAAAUCUUUUGCUAACAAUAGAAAUCAGAAUAAUCACACUGAUACAUCUUAUGUAGACGAUAAUAUAUUAACACACAAUGAGGAAGCUGAAAGCGAAGACGAGUUAGAUGAGUUAAUAAAAGAUAUUAAAGACGAGAAAGAUCUUAUGACUGGUCGUAAAUCUGAAUAUGUUAACUAUUCUUAUAAAGAUUUUGAGCAAAAGCAAGCGCCGGCACAUAAAAGAAAUGUAUCGAGGAAUACAAGUGUCAUCGAUGUGGAUUCAAUUUCUGAAAAUGUCGAUGACGAUGGUUGGCAAGUUUAUGAUGCUGAACAAUUUGAAAUAGCAUUUUCACAAGCUGCAGAAAAACAUAAAGCCACACAUCCGAGCAUUGUCGAUUUAUGUGAUGAUACACCUUCAACUAGUAACAUUAAGGAAAAAAUAAACAUUUCUAAUAUCAAUCAGACACCUAAAAAUACUGCAAAAAAUCCGAAUACGUACAUUUCAAAAUCAUCACAGAAAUUUGCUGGCAAUUUUUAUUCUGACGUACAAAAUGAUGGUAUAACUGGCGAAUUCGAUGGAACAUAUUCACAUACAGAAAGUGUGACGGAAUCAUUACAAUUUAAUUUUGGUCUUAAAAGUUUUCGACCGAAUCAAAGACAAGUUAUUAAUGCGACAUUGUUACACAAUGAUUGUUUUGUUUUAAUGCCAACUGGAGGUGGAAAAUCAUUAUGCUAUCAACUGCCUAGUAUUUUAACAGAAGGUGUUACUAUAGUAAUAAGCCCUUUAAAAUCACUUAUUUUGGAUCAAGUUAAUAAAAUGUCUUCUUUAGAUAUUUAUGCAAAAUCCCUCUCUGGCGAACAAUCGUUACAAGAAUCUCGUGGUAUUUAUUGUGAUUUAGAACUCAGACCACCACGUAUUAAAAUACUUUAUGUAACUCCUGAGAAAAUAUCUAGUUCCUCAAAAUUUCAAGAUUUACUUGAUUAUUUGUAUGAAGGAAAUUAUAUUAGUCGUUUUGUUAUUGAUGAAGCACAUUGUGUUUCACAGUGGGGACAUGAUUUUCGGCCGGAUUACAAAAAACUUGGUAUAUUACGAAAACGUUUUCCUAAGGUACCAAUUAUGUUAUUAACCGCCACAGCGACUCCUCGUGUGCGUCAGGAUAUUUUGCGACAAAUGAACGUUUCAAAAUGUAAAUGGUUCCUUUCUAGUUUUAAUCGUAGCAAUCUUAAAUAUAGCGUCCUGCCUAAGAAAGGUGCCAAAACUAUUGAAGAUAUGAAAGCAUUUAUUCGACUAUAUCCCGCAACCAGUAGUGGAAUUAUUUAUUGCCUCUCGCGAAAAGAAUGCGAAACUGUAGCUGAUGCAUUAGUAAAAUCAGGUAUUAAAGCAACUGCUUAUCAUGCAGGACUCACGGAUAAUAUGAGAGAAUCACGACAAAAAGAUUGGAUUAUGAAUAAAUUACGUGUUAUAUGUGCCACCAUUGCUUUUGGUAUGGGCAUAGAUAAACCUGAUGUACGUUUCGUCUUACAUUACUCGUUGCCAAAAUCCAUAGAAGGUUAUUAUCAGGAAUCAGGACGAGCUGGCCGUGAUGGUGAAGUGGCACAUUGUGUACUAUAUUACAAUUACUCAGAUAAAUUACGGUUAAAAAAAUUAGCAGAUAUGGAAAAAAGUGUCACGUUAGAUGUUAAAAAAAUGCAUUUAGACAAUUUAAAUCGUAUUGUUGGUUAUUGUGAAAAUGUGACAGACUGUCGUCGAGCACAACAACUGGACUAUUUCGGUGAACAUUUCACAAGUGAACAAUGCUUGGCUAAUCGUGAAACUGCCUGUGAUAAUUGUCUUAAGCAAAAACUUUAUAAGAAAAUUAAUGUCUUAGAGAUUUGCCGAAAAAUUGCACAAGCAGUUAAAGAUCUAUGUGGAGGACGAUCGAGAUUUACUUUACUCCAUAUGGCCGAUGUAUUAAAAGGUUCUAUGAUAAAAAAAAUUGUUGAUUUUCGACACGAUAAAACUCCAUAUCACGGUUAUUUAAAAGAUUGGGACAAGUCUGAUAUUCAACGCAUUUUGCGAACCUUGGUUAUAAAAGAAUAUCUCCGUGAAGAUGUGAUCUUUGCCAUGGACAUACCGCAAGCUUAUAUGAAUUUAGGUCCAAAAAUAUCUAGAUUAAUGAAUGAGGAUGUCGAAAUUAAUUUUCAUGUUAUCCAUAAGAAGGCUAGCAAGACACUUAUUGCUACAAGUACAGACACGUUAUCUAAUGCGAGCACUGGACAAUCAGAAUUUCGUUCAAUUUAUGAACGAUGCUAUUCUGAUUUAUUGGAUCUCUGCCGUACUAUCGCAGCUGCACGCAAUGUUACCAUGGCUAGUAUUAUGAACAUACAAGCUCUGAAAGCAAUGGCUGAAUCUUUGCCAGAAACAGAGACCGAUAUGCGUACAAUACCUCAUGUUACAAAAGCCAAUUUUGAUAAAUAUGGAGUAAAAUUGCUUGAAAUCACACAAGGGUAUGCUGCUGAAAAAUUGAGUUUAAUGAUGGAUAUGGAAGAUAUGACCAAUUCAAAUGAAGUGGAAGAAAAUGAUAUUUCAUUGCCUUUAACGAACAUUAUAUCCAACGCCAAAAAAGGAGCAAAAUCAAAGAAAGUUUUAAAAUUUGACGAUGAUGCUGAUGAUUUCGCUACGGUAUCACAAGGUAGCUUUAGUAGAGGUGGCAAACGGAAGAGGGUAUAUAGAGGCAGUUCACAAAAAUACAAGAGAAGUAGAGCCAAUUCUACAGGUUGGGGCGAAGCCGCAAGUAGUAGCCCGAAAAAGAGAAGUUUCAGCAAAGGCAAUCGUGGCAGUAGAAAUGCCGGAUCAAGUUCGAGAGGAAAAUCCAAAGGCAGUAAUAAUUCUUGGCUGGGGAAAAAAACAGGUACUACUAGUGGUUUUCAAAUGAUGCCUGUACCAACUUCGAACUUUUUAGGAAACUGCGCCGACAAAAAGCAGUCUGAAGCUUAAAAUCGUUUUGUGAUAGAAAAGAGGCGGAGGAGGGAAUGAUUAUACCUUUUGAAUUUGACGUAACGAAAAUUGAGACCUUUUAAGACCCAUAGCAAGAGCUGCGUAUCUAUGCACUACAGUACACAAAAGUUUUAUAUGUUUAAACAAAACAUAAUAAAUUUCAAGGCUCAAGUUUUAAGCCUUCAGAAACGUAUAACUGAAAACAGUCUCAAGCUACACCGAAUGUGAAAAUGUAUUGGUUCAUACCACAAAUUUUUGUAACAUUGAUAUUGUAUCUGGUUUUAUUAAUUUUAUAAUAUGAAAUAGUAUUUGAAAUAGAAAGGAUGUUACAAUUUGAAGAAAUUCAGAAUCAACAUAGUUCUAAAGGCAUAAAAUUGGAAGCGGUAAAUUAAAUUUGCUGUUGGAACAAUAUAUAAAUAUCAGGAGUUUUUAAAUUCUAUAUUGUAGAAAUAGUGCUGCCUGGUAAUAUUUUACGCUCUGGGUCAUUGUUAUGAUUUAGACAGAACUACACAAAUUAAAUAUCUAAGGUUUAAGCAUACACAGGGGCAAAUUUGCUCUUGUUGCAAAUCUGCUUUAAUUUUUUUUCGUAAAUAGACAAACUUGAUAUUAACCCAAAAAACUUUCAAAUAAUACACUUAAGGAAAGGAUGAAGAGAAAAAUGAAUAAAUUUUCACAAAUCCAGAGGAACUAGGCAGCAUUGUUAAAAAUUAUAUAUACUCAAGAGCAAACUACUCAAGC